UACAUUGGAUUCUAUUUUAAGUAUUUAUUUCAAUAUGCUACAAAAAACUCAAUUGGGGAGAGUACUACCAGAAUUUAGUGAAAUCUACUUACGUUUAUCAUUUAAAGAGAAUUUUGGCAAAAAUUAUUUAAUAUCUUCGGAUAAUUUGCAACUUUAUCGUAAACUCUUGGUUUUACAUUAUUGUGAAGAAUAUCCUUCAUUAACCUCCGUAAUUGGGAUCAUGGAAAGAUGCUUUAGUGUGGAAGAUAUUUAUAAUAUCGUAGCUGAACGAGAAGAUAUACUCUGCAAGUGGUGGGAGUUUAAAAAUAAUUGUACUGAAGUUAGUGGAAAUAAAGCUAAAAAACCUAAAAUUUGUAAAUUAAAUGAAAAAAUAAAUAUAUAAAUUGUAAAAUUCGAAAAUAGUGUUAUAAGUUAUUU